AUGAGGCGGACAACUGCAACGCAAGAACGGCCCUGGCCGUUACGUCAGUACGCAUCGUGUACAGAUACACGGCUCACCACGUUGCCUGUCGGCUUUGUGUACGUACCAUUACAAUGUAUGUGGCUUGGCCAGGUCAACACGCCGACAGAGAACGUCCAUUACUUCAUCAAAUCCCGGCCAUCGUCGACAGAUCCGUCCACCGCCAAUUUGCCAACAAUCGCGACACUCAGUCAGUAUAAACAGUUUGGCUCUUUGACUACGGCAAGUGGAGGCUCCCAAAAUCGAGCGAUAAAAUUGCAUUCCACGUGUGCCUGUAGGAUUCUCACAGGCGAGACUUUUUUAGGUUUUUUCAGCGAACCACCGCAAGGUCCCUUUGAUGUUUAUCGAGAUCCUGCCAAAUUUCGUCAAGAUGUUGUCAAAGGGCGCCAGAUUCUCGCUGGACCUUCUAUUCAAUUAUUCGAGAAGAAAUACGAACGAAUUUUUGAGGGCGAGGCACUCACGGAACCAUGGCGCGACAAGGCGAGGCAACGUAUAAAAGACGAGAAGAGGAAGAUUGGUGGUCGCAUGCUACCGACAUCCCCAGCGAAGAAGCACUCGACGCCAGGAGACUGGUAUGGAUGCUUUGCUAAAUCUUCUUACUUCAGUCCGCAGUCGAAGAUGGAAGCGAGAAAAAAGGCGGUUCCACCUAAUAUGAAGAUCAAGCCCAAUCCGCUCGGUGGCCCGGGAUACGCAGAUAUUUGCUUGAGUCCUUAUCCGUCGUACUCUCAUGAGCCUUACGAUCGCAUCGACAGAGUAGUUGGUAAAAAAGUGGUGUCUGAAGGCCGAUUCUUGACGACUAGUGUACCGUUGGAUUAUUUCCCCCCCAAUCCGUACAAGGAUGAGGAACCAGGGCCCACUUACGUCCGUCCGGUCGAGAUUGCAAGGAAGACACUUGGUAUAGCGCAAUUCUACGUCCCUUUCCCCAAGAAACCCGGCGGAAGUCACGAUGGUUGCUUCAGCAAGUUUCCAGAGUACACGAGCGAUCCUUAUGUUAAGACUAAGGAUAAAGCUGCCGCCGAGCCAAAGUUUAUAAGCGGCGGACCGUUUCUACGUUCGAAAUAUACGAACAGCAUAAUCGCGCAGAUAACGAAAAUAUCGUGCAACGCUCGCAAUUACACGGAAUAUCGAGAACGAGUGUAUCCUAUGCACUGAGGAAAUCUUUUUAAUUGCAUGGAAAUUGAACUUUCAAACGUCGCUUUUUUCACCAUUAAGAAGGAACUUUCCUGCUUCUGUAAUUAUCAGUUAUAUUGAAAUUAAUUAAAAAUAACUAAAUUCGACGUUUCUCCCUUUGACUCUCACUCGUGAUACUUUAUGUGCACUCGUUGCAUUUGUACAAGAUCAUUUAAAUAAAUUAUUAAUAAAUUAAGAAUAUAAAA